AUGGAUCAAGUGACACCGCCACAAAAUCCCAAGGACGAUGGCGCAACCAGCUUUAAAGACUCCGUGAGCUCGGACACAUCGCCACGAACACCCAAGGACAAUGGCGCGAUAGAUUCUGAAGAAUCCGCGAGUACCCACGCUUCAUCGCAAAUACUCGCGAACGAUGACAAGGCAGACUUCGGAGACUUUGUAAGCAUAGACUAUGAAGAAUUUGAGCUUGAAGUUGUUGUCGAGCCGUGGGAUAAGUAUGGUCCCAAGUCAACGCCAAACGUUUUCUAUCCGAUCUGCCUGGGAGAAGUUCUCAAUGAAAGAUAUCUGAUUGAACACAAAAUCGAUGCUGGUGGGUUCUCUACUGUCUGGAUAGCCCUUGACCUCCAGACAAACAAAGAUGUCGCUGUCAAAGUCUUGUCCACUGGCGACUGUGGAGACAUCGAACUACACAUACAAGAUGAAAUCAUUCGGACCGUGCAGGAUAGAUCUCACCGUGUGACAUAUUCGGACACUUUUCUGCUAAACGGAAACGAUUGUCACCAUAGGGUUAUGGUGUUUCCUUUGAUGGGGCCGUGUCUUGACCGUUAUACAGUGAUGAAAUUUGCUAUGAGUACUCGCAUGUCAGCUGCGAAGCAAUUGCUAGAGGCGUUGGAAACUCUGCACAACGCUGGAAUUCUGCACCGUGACUUGAAUGAGAGAAACUGUAUGUGGGGAAUGGCGCCUCUUCAGAAUCUUAGUAGGAGUGCUAAAUAUGAAGCACUCACCCGGCCACUAAAGCAAACCAUUCCAGCUGUCGAGCAAUGGAAAGGUUCUUAUGUUUUUGCUGAUGGCCUCGAUUCCUGGUACGAUCGUAAUCAAACACCUGAUACCAAGAGGACCCUCGCAUCAGAGCUUGCACGCUAUCGACCCGAUGCCGAUCCGGCCGAACGAGAACUUGUGCUCUCCGUUAUGCAGAAGGUAUUCAUCUAUUCACCCGAGAAGCGUCUGACUGCGACGCAGCUUCUGGCCGACCCUUCUUUCAAAGCUCUCAUGGCUAGAUUUAGUUGUUGA